AUGCACGGCGGCCGCAGGGCGGGGGAGGGCGGCCGGGGCGCCGGACCCGCUCGUCUAUUUAUGUCGGCACUUCUCGAAAGUCUCCUCGUGGGAGGUGGUGGGACCCCGUUGGAGCCGUGCCGCGUUGCGCCGUACGUUUCGGUGCCAAGAAUGGCUGGCGUGCCGAGGCCUCAGCCGCCACCAAUCCCCCUCACCCCGCACCCGCCGCCCUCAGCCGCCUUCGCACCCUUCGACUCCGCAAUCCUCUCCGCUGCCGCCCAUCAGUACGCGAGUGCUGCGGCCGCAGCGGCAGCGGCUCUGUGCCCGCCUUAUGCUGGGCUCGCGGCGCUGGCUGCGCGUUGCCGCUCUUCCUCCAUCGCCGACUUGCGGCUAAAGGCGCGUCGCCACGCCGCGGCACUGGCGGCAGCGAGCGCACCCUCACCGCCCGCAUCCGCGCCCGCGCCCUCGCCCGCGGCCGCCUCUGCUCCCGCUGACACA